CUACCAUUCCCAAAGCCAAACGACUCACUUUGUGUGCUGCUGAUUAUGCGAAAGAAAGUGGCACUUUUGUCUGGAAGUAUGCUCGGGUAGAGUUACGCCCUCCAAGCCCUAAAGAUUUUCCUCUUGCGAUCGCCGAAUAUUCUCGUCUUUUUAAAGCAGGUUCGGCUGGUAGAUGGAGGGAUAUUGCUGUUAAAGAUGCUUUUCUCAAUGCACUUGUUGCAACGGAAGUAGCCUGCUGGUUCUUCCUGGGUGAGAUUAUUGGGAAGCGAAGCUUAGUUGGCUAUGGCAGAGUCGACGGUGCUUUCCUCACUGUAUCUUGGAGAUUCCCUUAG